AUGGAGCUCUUCAGCGUGGGCGGUAUGUGCCCCCAGACGAGCUAUCUUUUCCUUGUGCGGUAUCCCGACCGGAUCACGCUUAUCCGUGGAAAUCACGAGUCUCGCCAGAUCACACAGGUGUACGGCUUUUACGAUGAAUGCGCUAUCGUGGAUGGACGAGUAUUUUGCGUACAUGGAGGUCUGAGCCCGAACAUUACUACACUAGAUCAAAUCCGCCUGAUUAGUCGCAAGCAAGAAGUGCCGCAGGACGGUGCUAUGUGUGAUUUGCUCUGGUCCGAUCCGGAUGGUACGUGUAUCAGCCUCACCAAAGACAUUACAGGUUGGGGUGUCUCGCCAAGAGGGGCUGGCUUCCUCUUCGGAGGCGAUGUGGUAAAAAAGUUUGUGCAUACCAAUGAUCUGGACUUUAUUGCGCGUGCGCAUCAACUCAUUCUUGAGGGUUUUAAGCCCAUGUUCGACUCUACAAUUGUGACGCUAGAUGAUGCGCUUAACCAGAAAUAUCUGACGUUUGAUGCAGCCCAAACGAUAUUUGCCAUGGGUUUCAUGGGGAGUCGCUUUGAGUUUCCCGCUAGCUUUUAUCCUGGCUAUGACGGAGGUACGUGGGUAUGGCUCACCUUCAGUCUUCUGGCACUCAUAUUCACCUGCCUCAUCCUCACCUGCCCCAUCCUCAUUUGGGCCAGGGAUCACAGCUCUCAAUCGGCUCAUGGAUUGAUGAGCUGUGCUCAAACAAGCAUCGCCGAGCUUUCGGAUGUUGUGAAUCGCACGGAGGGCGCCGAAAAGCUGGUCGCUCCGGCGAUUCGCAAGCACCUGGAGGGUGACUCGAUCUAUGCACAGAAGCGAGUUCUGACAGUGCUCGAGGGUCUGGUCGAGAUGGGCUCGCCUAAAUUCCAACUCGCGUCAAGUCUCUACGGUUUGUGCGGUGGUGUCGACCGCAAGCCGGCGCUGCCGAAUCAGGUUAAGAAGAUGAACACGCCGAACAAACCGGCACUCAACAUUGACAUGAACGGAGGCCUCUCUCACAGCGAGACGGAUGAUCUGCUGGCUGCCAUGGUGGAUGCGAAGAAGCGUGAUGUGCCGCUACUCGAGGAUCCUAAGGUGCACACGCAGACUACGACGGUGUUGGAGUUGCAAAAAGUAAUUGUUCGCUUUAUCCAUACCGUCAACGACGAGGACUACCUCGGCCGCCUCGUCUUGGCGAAUGACAGGAUCGUCGACGUGCUGCAGCGUCUGCAAAUGCCACCCAAGGAAGAUGUCAUUAUGGGUGCUGCGCGCCGCCUGUCUCUCACCGGUGAACAGGGCACCACGAGCCCUGUGCACGAGGCGCCUCCCUCGGUGUUCCCUCCGUCUUAUCUUUCGACGGGCGAGGACCACAUCCUUGGCGCAGCCCGCCGCCUCUCGCUGCCAAGCGUGCAGGAUGGCGAUGGACCUGUCAACUCGCUCGGCCUCUCGCGUGAGGUGGACCGCUCUCUCUUGCUGCAUUCCGGCUUUACGAGCGCGGCUCCCUCGCGCUCUGCGGUCGACAACCAGGCGCCCGCUAACCCGAACGAGAUUGAUAUGGACGUGGCUGCGCAAAACACCGAGAACUUACAGGGCAGCGUGUCUUCUCUGAACCCAAUCUAG